AUGGCUGGUGGCAACAAGUGGGUACUCAUUUAUCGCACAAUAUCAAUCAAACUCAUCCAAUCCAACGUCACCGACACCAACUGCUUCAUCCAACAGCUGAUCAAGAACAAGAAACUCGUCAACCCAUUCAUCCAGCGGUGCUUAGAAGAUUGUUUUGAUCUGUACUCUGAUGCGAUUCCUUCUGUGGAGCAGGCGAUGGAGAAUUAUGAUUUGGAGAGAUUUGUGGAUGCGAAUGUGGAAUUGAGUUCGGUUAUGGAUGCUGCUACGACUUGUGAAGAUGGGUUUAAAGAGAAGAGAGGGGUUGUUUCGCCAUUGACGAAGAGGAAUGGUGAUACUUUCGAGCUCUCUGCAAUGGCGCUUUCUAUUAUGGGUAUGCUUCAGACUGGUUCACAGUAUUGAUAUCUUCAUUCUUUUCAUAUUUUCGUUAGAUUAUUUGUUGUUAAAUUAUCCGUUCUGUUUUAUUUUGAUUCUCAAUAUUGAGGAGUCGUAGUUUUGAUUUUUAAUUAAAAAGUCAGA